CCAGAGCCCACUGGCUGCAAGCCCUGCUCCCGUCGGUGCAUCCGCCUAACUCCUGGGGGGCCACUCCUGCGCCCCCAGAGACAGGAGGCUUCGGGGCAUUUCCAGGAGGACACUGAGCGCGCGCUCAGGGUCUGCCUCAGUUUCCCGGUCUGUGAGAACGGCCUGAGGAGAGCAGCUGUCACUAGAGCCGGUGUGCAUUCAUUAGGCGCCACCUGUGUGCUUAGCAGAACCCCGAAUUCUGGGCGCCGAUCACAGGGUGGGCCCUGCCCCCCAGGGGCUUACACUGCAACGGGUCGCUCUGUACCGUUAGUAGGAAAAAGGCCGGCGUGGAGGGAAGGCCGGGACCCGGAGGAGAAUGACGUCACGACCCCUCCCCGCCCGGGGCGCCGGGAGCACAUGGCUCACGCCUCCCUCCGCCCUCUCGCCCCGCCUGGGCUGUUGAACUCCGGGGAAUGCUGGGAGUCUCCCGGUGCGCAGGCGCGGCUUCCUGGUUUGGGGCUUUGGUUCAAUUCUUCCCUCUGUGCUGGGUCAGCAUCCAGCCUGGAUAAAGAAGGCUCAGACCCUGUUCUCCAUCUCUGAGGACCCAGCCCGGCUGGCAGAGCACCCAAGCCCAGAACCAGAGACAUGGCCCCCGGCAGCCGGAGCCCCUCGUCCCAGGAGUUGGUGACUUUCAAGGAUGUGGUGGUCGACUUCACCAAGGAGGAGUGGGGGCUCCUGGACCCUUUUCAGAAGGAGCUGUACAAGGAGGUCACACUGGAGAAUGUCCAGAAUCUGCUGUCCCUGGAUGUGGAGCCCAACUUUGAAUGGACUGAGAUGAGUAGAAAGCUGGGAAUUUUUAUGGAAGAAUGUGACCUGCAGCGAUUCAUGAAGGAUGGUCCCUGUGCCUUAACUUUGAGGCAAUUCCAUGCCUCUAACAUCCAAGGAGAUCAUUCAAAGAGUGACUGUGAGUUGGAUGAAAUCAGAAAGAGAUUCAGGCGAUUUUCUUUCCUAAGUCAUUGUAAGAAAAUGGGCUCAGGGAAUAACUGUCUUCUGAAUAGUGAAUAUCAGAAAUGUUUUCCUGAACAGGUAGAGCUUUUUCAUUCCCAGGAGAAGCCUGCUGAAAUACAAACGGAUCCUGGUAAUAAAUGGGAAUUGUCCUUCAGCAAGAGUUCAGACCUCAUUAGACAUCAGAAAAAUGAUAGUGGGGAAAUGUUUUGUGGAAGUAAUGAAGUUGGGAAGGCCUUGAAUCAGACCUCUAAGCUCAUUACUCAACAAAUUCACACAAGAAAGCAACCUGAUGAGUAUAAUGAAUGUGAAGCAAUCUCAUCCCAUCAUUCAUCUCUUCCUUAUCAUUGUAGAGUUGACUCUGAAAUGAAAAGAUAUGCAUUUGGUGAGUGUGGGAAGGUCCAUAGUUGGAACUCAGAUAUUGAUAACUCUCAGAAGAUUCAUACACAAGUGGUUUAUAAGUGUAAUGAAUGUGAGAAGACUUUUUCACAAAUGUCUAAUUUUUGUAAACAUCAGAGCAUCCACACUGGAACAAAACAUUUUGAAUGUAAUCAAUGUGGGAAGGCUUUUGCAUACAGGUACAGUCUUGCUAACCAUCAGAGAAUCCACACUGGAGAAAAACCUUUUAAAUGUAAUCAAUGUGGAAAGUCUUUUCGAUGGAGUUCCAGUCUUGCUUUACAUCAGAGAAUCCACACUGGAAUAAAACCUUAUAAAUGUAAUCAAUGUGGAAAGGCUUUUGCAUGCAGUUCCAAUCUUGCUUUACAUGAGAGAAUCCACCCUGGAGAAAAAGAAAACCGUUUUGAAUGUAAUCAGUGUGGAAAAGCUUACAGAAACAAGGCAAAACUUGUUGAGCAUCAGAUAAGCCACACUGGAGAGAAACCUUUUGAAUGUAAUCAAUGUGGAAAGGCUUUUCGUUACCCUUCCAGGCUUGCUCGACAUCAGAGAAUCCACACUGGAGACAAACCUUAUAAAUGUAAUCAUUGUGGGAAAGCUUACAUAAUGAAGUACCAGCUUAUUGAACAUCAGAGAAACCAUACUGGAGAGAAACCUUUUAAAUGUAAUCAGUGUGGAAAAGCUUACAAAAUGAAGUAUCUUCUUGCUGAACAUCAGAGAAUCCACACUGGAGAGAAACCCUUUGAAUGUAAUCAAUGUGGAAAGGCUUUUUAUUACUCUUCCAAGCUUGUUCAACAUCAGAGAAUCCACACUGGAGAGAAACCUUUUGUAUGCAAUCAAUGUGAAAAGACUUUUUCAUCCCGUUACCUUCUUUCUAAUCAUCAAAGGAUGCACACUGGAGAGAAACCUUUUCGAUGCAAUCAGUGUGGAAAGACUUUUGCACGGCGUUUCCGUCUUUCUAAUCAUCAGAGAAUCCACACUGGAGAGAAACCUUUUGAAUGCAAUCAAUGUGGAAAGACUUUUAGACACAGUUCUGUUCUUUCUGUUCAUCAGAGAAUCCACACUGGAGAGAAACCUUUUGAAUGUAAUCACUGUGGAAAGGCUUUUAUAUAUAGUUCCAUUCUUACUAAACAUAAGAAAAUCCACACUACUGAGAAAGCUUUUGAAUGCAAUCAAUGUGGAAAGGCUUUUAGAUACAGUUCCCUGCUUUCUCAACAUCAGAGACUCCACAGUGGAGAGAAACCUUUUGAAUGUAAUCAGUGUGGGAAAGCUUUCGUAAUGAGGUACCUUCUUGUUACACAUCAGAAAAGCCAUACUACGGAGAAACCUUUUCAGUGUAAUCAAUGUGGAAAAGCUUAUAAAACGAGGUAUGUUCUUGCUGAACAUCAGAGAAUCCACACUGGAGAGAAACCUUUUGAAUGUGAUCAAUGUGGAAAGGCUUUUAGACGUAAGGGAAGUCUUAGAGAACAUCAGAGAAAUCACAAUGGAGAGAAACCUUAUAAAUGUAAUCAAUGUGGAAAUGCUUUCAGAUCUUUGUUUAAUCUUACUGAACAUCAGAGAAUCCACACAGGAGAGAAACCUUUUAAAUGUAUUCAGUGUGGAAAGACUUACACAUACAAGAGAAGUCUUGCUAAACAUCAGACAAUCCAUACUGGAAAGAAAUCUUUUGAAGGUAAUUAACGUGGUAAAACGUUCACACACAAGGGAAAACUUGUUAAACAUCAGAAAAUCCACUCUUGAGAAAAACCUUAUAAAUGUAAUCAAUCAGGAAAGACUUUCUGAUAAGAGUUCCAGUCUUGCCAAAUGUUUUGAGAAUCCACACUGGAGAGAAACCUUUUUAAUGUAAUCAAUAUGGAAAGGCUUUCACAAAGACUUUCAAUCUUACUUAACAUUAGAGAAUUACCGUGGAGAGAAACCUGUUGAUUGUAAUCAAUGUGGAUAGACUUUCAUAGAGAGAUCCAAUGUUGCUGAAUAUCAGAGUACCCAGACUGAGAAAAAACAACAACAAACAACUAAUGAAUGUAAUCAUUAUCUAAUAAAUUGACAAAGUUUUAAUUUUUAAAAAAUAAACAAUAAUGUUUU